UUGGUGGGUUACUUUCGUUAUUGGGUAUAAGUGGAGAAAUGUGGGUUUAAUUUUCCAUUUCUGAUGUGGUCAGAAGGGGCUGUUCCAGGGUGACAGUUCUGGAGUUCUGAGUUUGGCAUGCCUGAGUAGUUGAAAGCAGGGUAUAGAUAAGUGUUGUGCUAAGUGUAAUGCUUAGGUGAUAGUGGUGCAGAGUAAUGGCAAUGAGAGUGGAAUGUUUUUAUUAUCUGAUAAUAAGGUGAAUAAAGUGUUUUAAUGCUCAUUAUCAGAGAGCAGGUUGACAGCUGAUGAGUGAAGAAUAGUGUUUUAGUCAUGGCAUUACAGAACUGCGCCUCUUUUUAAAAGAAACUCAGUAAGAAUCCCCAUAGACAGUGAUCACACAGUCUGGUCUGAAGGAGACCAGGGUGUUAACCCUGGCAUCCUGACCUUUUCCAUUAUUGUUGGCAGGCCUCCUUUGUGUUGUUCUAAGUGAAUCUCAAACUAUUAUUUCUGGCAAUUGGGGAAAUUGCCAUAUUUCUUUUAGAAAAUAUCUCUAGACCAAACAGACAGUUUGGUUUUGCAGACAGUUUUGCAAGAGUAUCCUUUCAUUCAAGUUUAAUUAUCAGACUGUUUGGAAGACAUUAUUUUAGGCUUCUUUGGUCAUUCUACACUGCAAAUAUCUUCCACUGUUUAUGCAUUCCAGUCAAUCACUAGCUCAGGCACAUUCUGCCAAUGAUAUGUAAUUCAUGUUCUAAGUUUAAUUGUGCAAUUGCUUCAUUAAACUGUGCCACUAUGAUGCUUUGUUUUAGCCCAUGAAAACAGUAAUAUAGAAUUACUCACUGUUGUAAGUUUUGUUCUGUAAGUAUUGUGGAAUAUGGGGCCCCCAUCUCAUUUUGAGGUAAACAUUUUAAAUGAUGUUGUUCCACUAGCAAGGCAAAUCCACUCCAUUUUUCUGGUUCUCUAAAAUAAUUGGCCCAUUUAGCAACCGAAAUAACUGACAGUGAACAAUAUUAAACAUGGGCCAAGCUAACUCAAUUUUUUGCUGGCUGGUUUACGCUCCCAGUCCUUACCUCCUCACCCUAUAGAGCCAGUCAGAAUUGAUCCAGUGAUUGAAAAACAAUAAUGUCCUGCUUUGUGAUACAACCAAGGAAACAGGAAGGAACAGACUUUCCCUGAACACAGCUCCAAGAUAAACUUCUUGCCGCUCUGUCAGUCUUCCUGCUUGCUGUGCUCUGUUUUAAGGGGCAUGAUAACACCAGAGGCUGGCUACUUCUCAGAAGAUCAAGGCAUGUGGGGUCACUCAGCCUGCCGCUCCAACUCACCCCCCUGGACGAUGCUGUCGGCAGUCAAAGACACCCUGUACCACCCCCACCUGCCCACCCUGCGCUGCAUGGACAUGGACACUGUGGCUCAACGCCUCCCAGACGAGCACAGCCGCACCACCACCCCCUGCACCCGAGAGGACUUCAGGGACUGGUCCAACUCUUGCCACAAGCUUCCCAAGAGACACUUCAUUGUCACUGACACUUUCCGUAACAAGUAUCUGAGGUCAACAUACCCCUCCGCUGCAGAACAGCGCCUCCUUCUGGACAGUGCAGUGGCCUGGUCAGCUAGCCGUCCCUCCCCAGGGUUUACAUUGCCCCUGGUGGAUAAGGCAGAACCUCAUUUCAGUGGAUAUUCUUUGAGGAACUUGAAACCUAAACCCCCCCAGUCGUGGAAGUUUUGCCUCACUCACAACCCCAGCUUGGAUCAAUAUGGGCCGAAGCCUGUGGCCUUCGACACUUUAAAUAAACAUAGAAGAACAUUAUGUCCUCCUCAUAGUCAAACAUCCGUAGUGAGACCCUGGUACUGACUCAGAGGAAGGGGACCGCGGUCACAUGACUCAGCAAUGCCUGCCACAGUUUGGAGCAUCAGAGAGUCAGAGAUUGAAGGCAGGACAUGGGGGCUCCAGCAGUGAUACUUCCAGUCUCUGCUGUUAUAGCAACCCUGAAAUACACUGAAUCUGAUGCUUCAAUAACAGUGCACCUUUUUGUUAAGUGUGGAUUAUGAAAUAAGCGUGACAUUUGUUUUAUUUGACCAUUUAGCCAUGGUUAGCCAAUUUUAUCGUGUGUGCUGAACUUAUAAGCAGCCUUCUCCACAGACUGGGGUAAAGAAAUAUAUACGGAGCAUUUAAAGUGAUUGUAGCUAACAAAAUCAUUCCAUAAAUCUUACCAAUUUUUUUGCAGAUAAAAACUUAAAUCAGUUUGUUACGGGAGCAUUUUCUGUGACUAUUUUUUUUAUAAAUCAUACGAUAACAAAAUGAUCACCACAGGACAAACAGGCAACUUCUCAAGCUAAGCAAUCUGCACCUGUGGCGGCCAUUUUGAAAAGAGCUUUGAAAACAAGUUCUAAGUGUAAAAAGUUGUCUGGAUGUUAACAAUAAAAAGAAAAAAAUGGGAGGUCCAUUAUUUAAACAGUUGUAGCAACAUUUGGGGACGUGUAACGCUGUGUUUUUCAGAACCCCACUACUCACUCUUUAAGAUGGGCAUUGAGAUUUCAACCCUUCUUUCUUUAAUUAACAGCACUGCAUGCCAUCAAGAUAUAUUGCGCCUGCAGCAAGGUUAAAGGAAUUAAAACCAAUCCUACUGUGUCUUUUAUUCUCAAGGGAGCAAAUUUCUGUGUGUGUUUUCUGAAGCAAUCCAACAGGAGGCUAUUCCCAAAGGAAGAUGUUUCAGAUCUUGCAUCUGUCUGCAACAUUUAUGAGGCAGUUAAUUGGAAACCUUUUAUUUUUUUUUGCAGUGAAAUUAUAUAAUCGUCAUGUUUUGAUCAAUCAGUUAUAUAAGCAAUUGUUCUUUCUUGAUCUAAUAAACUAUUGCACCCAGUUGUGAAAAAAUAUUAAAA